CGUCGAUCGGACACUGUCGUCGGCGCUUUGCUCGCACACAUCUCGCAUUCAGGCGGCAGCCGUAGCAGAGAGCAGUAGUGCUUGAUCAAUAACAUAACCUAAAAAUUGUAACAAAAGUCUGAAGUUGGCCUAGACUGGAACAAUCGCAGUGUGCUGUAUGAAAUUAUGUGCACGAGUGGUGUUUGGUGCGAUUAUCGGACUAGUGUUGGAAGUGUCUCCAGUGCCUUUAUGGAUUACCCACGAUGUUGAUGGUGUCCUUAAGGAUUAGAUUAGACCGAAGACUGACCGGGCAUGGCAUAUGCCUGCAAUGUUAGGCUGUAGCACCGCAUGCCCCAAUUGCAAGCACCAGUUCACGUGCUGCGCCCCGGUGCCGCCAUGCUGCGCCUCCCGGAGGUCCGUGGCCCUGUCCGGCGGCGGCAUCAUGGCCGCGCUGCCGCCAUGUCCGUCCCCGCAGGUGUCGCCCAGCGAGCCGCUCGCCUUCGUCCUGCCGCCGCUCGCUGUUGCCCCGCCGCCGCCCGCUGCCGGCCCCGAGACGGAGCUGGCUCGGCUCGCGGCCACCGUCAGGGCUCUGGACCUAUCCGGCUGGUACUACGAGGCCCUCACGCACGACCGCAGCGACGAGCUGCUAAAAGACACUAAAGUGGGGACGUUCCUGGUGCGUAACUCGGCCGACCCGCGCUACACGUUCACGUUGAGUGUGCAGACGGACGGGGGCCCCAAGUCCGUCAGACUGUUGUUCGCCAACGGGUGCUUCCGGCUGCACGCGCAGCCGCACCUGCAGGCCGCGAUGCCGCUGUUCCCCGGGGUGCUGGAGCUGGUGCAGCACUACGCGCGCCGGAAGAAGGACGCGCAGGUGUGGGUGGACCCGCAGGGCAAGUGCAUGAGCUCGAUGCUGCUGGACCGGCCGCUGCGCAAGGCGGGGCGGCCGCCCUCGCUCAAGCACCUGGCGCGGCUGGCCAUCAACAGGCACCUGGGGGACGCGUCCAAAGUGCGGAUCGUGAGGCUGGAACUGCCGACGUCGCUCUCGGCGUACUUGACGGAGUACCCGUACUCCCUCUAGUGGCACCAAAGACUGGUCGGUACCUUCUACAUACCGACGUUCAGGGAACACCAUUCAAGUAUUCUAAACGCGUAGAUAGGGUAACUAAUUAGUAUCUCUGAUCGAUACUGGCAGGUUCUGUUUGUUAAUCGAAGCGACUCGACGGAUGCGUGUAAGCCAUAUUGGCUGCGUAGCGGAAUUGUUAUAUAAGAAUAUUUUGUUAUAUAUUUUUGUAAAAAAAAAAAACUGAAAAGUGGCAAGCCGCGCCAAAAAAAAACUAUAUGUAAUCCUAUUUAUUUCCUAUAGCUCUAAGCAUCGUCACAUUAUCCACAAUUUCUAUUGUACUUUCUUUGUAAUCUAAAUAUGUUUUGUACGAGACCUGGGGUCGGACGAAUCGUAUAUAUGAACAAUCGGUGGCCUAACGCCGACCCUGGACGAUCAUCCGUUUAGAAUAGUGAAACUAGUCUUGAUCGUUUCGCGUCACACAACAAAGCAGUCAUUGUUUUAGUUUUUUUAACAUGCAAGUUUGAGAUUAACAAGCAGGAUGAUAACGUUGUACUCUGAAUUCUGAAUGUAUUUAUAUUUUGAUGUAAACAUGAAAAGAAUGACUCGAGUGUUUGUAUGUGUUUUAGUUAAUUGAAAGAUUGUAUUUAUUUCUCUAGGAAAUUAUUAAAUUAUUUAUUAUUAAA